AUGGAAAUUGGAAAAGGAAGAGCAAGUGCAGAGAAAAAGACAGUGAAGCAGCAACGAAGAAAUAGGUCGUCGUCCAAGAGAAAGCUGGACGACUAUGGCGGCCCGACGUACUCAGACGACGAGGACGACGCCGUCGUCUCUGACCUAGUCCACGUCAGAAUGAGGAAGGACGAGCCCAACGCCGUCGAUUCGUCCUCCAACGGCGCCGCGGCGGGGGCGACGCAGCCUCAGUCCUCCCACCUCAAUUCCAAUUCCUCGCGAGUCCCCGACGUCCGAUCGGGCGCCGCCUCGCCCGCCGAGUCCACUCGCCACGAGUUGACUCGGUCCCGGCCGAUGCUCCAAUUCUUCAUCAAAACGAUCUCCGGCGGCAACACUCUGGUGUUCCAGGCACACGCGCACGACUCCGUGCAGGCUCUCCACGAGCGCAUUGAAGCGAUCACCCGCAUUCCGGUGACGGAGCAGAGGCUAAUUUACAGAGGGAAGCAGCUGCAGUUGGAACAGUCCCUGGCGCAGUGCUCAAUCCAAAACGACUGCAGCUUGCAGCUCGUCGGCCGCCUCCGGAGCACUCACCAUCCCCAGGCCUGGCAGGUCCUGGAGGACCUGGUCUCGGUUGCCUUUCGGCUCUGCCGCAGCGAAAAGGUGCACGAGCCGUUGAAGUACAUCAAGAACCGCCUCAGCCAGUACUUGACAAUGGCUCAGAAGGAGAAGACGGAUGAGUCUGGAGUUAGCCAUAUGCGGGUGUUCAUACCGUCCUCGGCGCCAUUGUCAUUGUUCAUGCUCUACAAUUCGCCUGUUGCAGGUAACAAAGACAUUGCUGAAGAGUCCAUUAAGUAUUUCCUGAACUCGUAUCCUACAUUGUUGCCCAAAAACUUGCAUAUUCACUGCUCACCGAUAGUGUUAGAGUUCUGUAAGUUCCUUAGAAGAGUAGGGGUGGAGGACCCUCUGUACAUCUUGUGCAGGAGUGCUCUAGGUUCGUUUUGGGAGAAUGCCGGGGGUUUGCAGGAGUCGGAGUGUGUUGAUCAGUAUGUUAGGUUGAAGGAGAUUUACCCGUUUCUCAGGGAGGUGGCCAUUAGUUUGUCUAAGGAUUUGGUGCUGAGUAUGGAGUCGCCUGGGAAUCUUAGGCCGUUGUUGGAUGAUGAUGUACGUGAUUUCAAGGCUUUCUUGCUCCCCGUGCGAACUGCAAUUUCCAAAGAAGUGUAUCGUAAGGGUCCCAUUUGUGCAUCCUCGAAAGAACAGGCUGCUAAGCACCCAGUUUUUGGGGAAGAGAUUGAGCUUCUUCGUAAUAUACUUACUGAUUUGCUGAAUAGAAUGGCUGAGUGCCUUACCAAAGUGGUAGAGUACUUGGCUGGGAAAGCAAAGGGGGACAGUGAUAUUGUUCAUACCAGAUGGUCUCAGUAUCUUGCUGUUUUGAAGGAACUACAUGGGAUUUGUAAACUCUAUCAGGGUGGGGAAGAACAAUUUUGGACGACUCUGAGGCUUAGAAAGACUGCGAUAUGUGCACUAGUUGUGAAAUAUGCUAAGCGAAGUGACGAUCAUCAGUGGCUUCUCGAGCACAAAGAUGUACUUGAUUUCGAGUCUCGAAGGCAUUUGGCGAUGAUGAUGUUCCCUGAUGUUAAAGAAGACUAUGAGGAGUUACAUGAGAUGCUGAUUGAUAGGUCUCAGUUAUUGUCAGAAUCAUUUGAAUACAUAGGACGUGCAGAUCCUGAUUCACUGCAUGCUGGAUUAUUUAUGGAAUUCAAAAAUGAGGAAGCUACAGGUCCAGGUGUACUGCGGGAAUGGUUCUUUUUGGUAUGCCAGGAGAUAUUUAAUCCACAAAAUGCACUCUUUGUGGCAUGCCCUAAUGACCGGAGACGAUUCUAUCCUAAUCCAGCAUCUAAGGUGGAUCCUCUGCACCUUGAGUAUUUCACCUUUGCUGGCCGGGUUAUUGCUUUAGCUUUAAUGCAUAAAGUGCAAGUGGGCAUAGUCUUUGAUCGUAUUUUUUUCCAACAGUUGGCUGGAACUUUACCAUCUUUGGAAGACAUACGGGAUGCUGAUCCUUUCUUGUAUAAUAGUUGCAAGCAGAUUCUGGAAAUGGAUCCCGACUUUAUUGAUUCAGAUGCUUUAGGAUUGACGUUUGUUAGAGAAGUGGAGGAAUUGGGAUGCAGGAAAACUGUGGAGCUUCGCGCUGGUGGGAGAAACAUUGUUGUAACCAGCAAGAACAGGGAGGAAUAUGUUAAUCUUCUUAUCAAGCAUCGGUUUGUCAUAUCUAUUACUGAACAAGUGAAGCAUUUUGCAAAAGGUUUUGGUGAUAUUCUCUCCAACUCAGUGUUCCAGACUUUCUUUUUCCGAAGUUUAGAGCUAGAAGAUCUUGAUUGGAUGCUACAUGGAAGCGAAAGUGCUGUUAGUGUUGAAGAUUGGAAGGCACAUACCGAGUACAAUGGCUACAAAGAGACUGAUCCUCAAAUAUAUUGGUUCUGGAAGAUUGUCGGGGAAAUGUCUGCAGAGCAGAGAAAAGUUCUUCUCUUCUUUUGGACGUCUGUGAAGUACCUUCCGGUUGAGGGGUUCCGUGGUUUGGCUUCACGGCUGUACAUCUACAAGUCCUCAGAGCCUCCUAGUCGACUGCCUUCAUCUCAUACAUGCUUUUACCGGCUGUGCUUCCCACCUUAUCCAUCUAUGUCUGUCAUGAGAGGUCGCCUCAACAUCAUCACCCAAGAACAUGUUGGCAGCAGCUUUGGGACAUGGUAAUAAAUUAGUUGCUAUCUGCAUUUUAGGGGGGGGGUACAAAGGGGGGAUUUUGACAGCACAUAAGAAAAACUCGCAUUCAGGUUGUACAGAAUAUAGGAUACUUUCAUGGUUUCAUUUUCUCAGUGGACUAUUUUGUCAGAUGGUGCUUAGUUGUGUUUUUCUUUGCUUGAAGGUUUGCCAUGUCAUUGCUCUUUUUGUCAACUGUUUAUAUAGGAGGGGUAUAGUAUAAAUAAAUCAGGAGGCGAGAAAUAAGAAGUUUUCUCUGCUUAGCGGAUGGUGGUUUUCAUGACAUUUAACUAGCACAGAUAGAACAUGCAAUGACAUGCAAGUCUUUACAAAGAUUUACACCUUCUAUGCCCUGUUAUGGUAAAUUAUUUCUGUUAUAAUUGAUUGGUGUACUUUGUAGUCUGGCUAUGAAUUUAUGAAUUAUCUUUGUAAGAAACUUGUGUCAUGCUGUAAUGCGUAUGUGAACAUCUGAUGUAUGUGAUCUGUGCUUAGGGUC